AUGCCUGAUUCUUUAUGUGAAAGAAACAAAAAUGACUGUGCAGGGAAACAGGAGAAGCUCCACGGAGCUGGCUGUUUUUCCCCCUGCGUGUCACUUUCAUUGUGUUUUCCACAGUGUGAUUUACAUAACUUGACUAAUCAGCCGCGCUUUGCCCGCCACCAGGUUUAUAGCGUUCGUUACAGCGCGAACAUGGACGGGGAAGCGAGGGAGGGCUCCGUGGAAAUGGAUUCUGACAACAACCUGGAGAGAUUUGAAACCGGGAACGGAGCUGGGGAAGCGGUGGAAACGCGUGACUUUCAAACUGGAAUAACUGGAAUCCGCUUCGUUGGAGGAGACAAGUGCUACAUAAAAUCCCAAAUCAAAGGCAGCCUUCCACACAUGGGAGCUCACAACAAAGAGUCACUGAUGUCUGACCUGACGGAUAAAUUAACGCCGGCGAGGUCUGACGACGGGCUGGUUUGGGCCGCAGGAGAGCAGCCGCUGAAGGACACCAGCUUCCUGAGCAACCACUGCAGAGACCUUCCCAUUCACCGGCUCCAGCCCACUUCACCUAAAGCUUGCUUUCCUCUAUUCUCUCACCUGACGCCACAACAAAUGCAUUCCAUUAUUCUAUAUUUCCACGGUUCGUUCAGAUCUCGCAAAUUUAAAAAAAAAACGUUGGUCUUGGCUUUAAAAAUGAACACGGCAUCAAUACUGCAGCGCAGCGGAGGGGCCGGAGACAAGGGAGCCGUGACCUUUGACCCGGCGCUGGAUCACCGGGGGGUCCGCUGCUACACCCACUGUCAGAGAACGCGCGAGCCUCCGCGGGGCCGCUGGCCUUGGCCCUGCAGCAUCAGAGGGUGCCAGGUAGCUUGCCGGGUAAUUAUGCCCUGUCGCUGGUGGGUGGCACGCUUUCUAGGCGCCGCGUAAGAGCGGCUCCUGCAACAGACACGUCUACAAUCUAAGCUUCUAUUUUAAUUUCGCCACAGAUUGACACUGGAAACCGUGUGAAAGCUGUACUUAUUAAAAAAUGCUAAUGAAUCAGAUGGAAAUACAUACACAGACAUAUCUGAGAGCAGGUGAUUUCUAUGUGUAGACAGCUGCUUUAUACAUAGCAAAACUAAAAUAUAUAAAAUGUCAUAUUUUUCGACCACGUCCAUUUUUGCAUCACAUGAGCCUCCAUGCACUGUAUCCUGUUUAAUGGAGGGCACGGGACUGG